CACGCAUAUAUCUUUCUAAGCCACUGUGAGUGUGCCUUACUCAUUUUUUUUUACAACCCCGGGGUUGGUUUCUCUUUGUGUUUUACUAAAAAAAAAAGCCUUACAUUAAGAAAAAGAGCACCAUGAUGUCUCGACCUUUGUCCAAACAACUUUUAGAGAAAGCGAGGGUGGUUCUUGUUAAAAGGCCAUUGACGACGAAUGCAGCAGCGGUAGUUACAGAAUCGGCCAAGAGCAAAGCGAAAAGACUUGUGUUUGACAGCCGGUCGCCUUCUUUACAAGAUUUUCUUGCACAACGUCAGAUACCUAAUGCGAAACCGGUUGAUUCGGCAUUAGCCAGACCUGAUCAGGUUCCUUACCUUCAGGCUCAAGGACAGCAGUUAGGACGAGGACGAAAGUUUUAUAUUGAAGUGUAUGGUUGUCAGAUGAAUGUCAAUGAUACCGAGAUUUUAAAUUCCAUCAUGACGAAAACUGGAUUUGAACGCACGGAUAAUUUGGAUGAAGCCAAUGUUGUAUUUCUCGUCACUUGCGCUAUUCGAGAUAAUGCAGAGGUUAGAAUUUGGGAUAGACUCAAGUAUUUGCGACACUACAAGACAAAGAUCAAUGUGGACAAUCCACCCAUUGUGGGUGUGUUAGGUUGUAUGGCAGAAAGACUCAAGACCAAGUUAUUAGAGGAGGAUCGACUUGUGGAUAUUGUUUGUGGUCCAGAUGGAUAUAGAUCGAUUCCUCAUCUAAUUUCGCUGGCUGAAGAUGAAUAUGACGGUGGUGUAGCUAAUGUCAUGCUUUCGGCGGAUGAGACCUAUGCGGAUGUGAUGCCUAUGCGAUUAGAUACUAAUAGUGUCUCGGGUUGGGUCUCCAUCAUGCGAGGAUGUAAUAAUAUGUGCAGUUUUUGUAUCGUCCCUUUUACUCGAGGAAACGAGAGAAGUAGACCCAUUGAUACCAUCUUGGACGAGGUGAGAUAUUUAAACGAUCAAGGUGUGAAAGAAGUCACUGUUCUUGGUCAAAAUGUGAAUUCUUACAGAGAUGAAUCGGAAUCCAAGCAUUUCAUGGCCAGAGAAAACACUGGUGCCAAUCUUAGUAACGAUGGUUUCAAGACCAUUUAUAAACGUAAAGAAGGUGGAAGACGAUUUACCGAGCUUUUAGAUAAAGUCAGCUUGAUCAAUCCCGAGAUGCGUAUCCGAUUUACGUCGCCUCAUCCAAAAGAUUUCCCCACCGACUUAUUACACCUGAUUGCAUCUCGACCUAAUCUGUGUAAAUCCAUUCAUAUGCCCAUCCAAUCCGGAAGCAACAGUGUGCUUGAAAGAAUGCGUCGUGGGUACACGCGGGAAGCGUACCUGGACCUUGUUGCAGAAAUGAGAAGGAUUAUUCCGGAUGUAUGGAUCAGUAGUGAUUUCAUCACAGGAUUCUGUGGCGAGACCGAAGAGGAGCACCGAGAUACCGUGCGUCUGAUGGAACAAGUGAAGUAUGAUACUGCAUUUAUGUUUGCAUACAGCAUGAGAGAGAAGACACAUGCUCAUCGCCGUUAUCUGGACGAUGUGGAUGAAAAGGACAAAUCAAGACGUCUUCAGGAAAUUGUCGAUACGUUUCAUUCACAAGCUUCUGUUAAAAACCAAGGGUUGAUUGGUACGAAACAGUUAGUUUUGAUUGAUUCAGAUAGACCCAAGACGAAAUACGGGGUAGAGACAAAAGUGAGUGGUAAAUCAGACGGAGGUCAUAAAGUGUUUAUCCAACAGGAGAGUGGGGCCAAUGAAUUAAAGAAGGGUGAUUAUGUGCAAGUAGAGAUUAAACAUGCUACCAGUGCUAGUUUAACGGGCAGAUCACUUGGCUUGAGUAGUAUUGCUCAAUUUACUCAGCAACAAAGAAGGGGAUAUGCAACUUUCCGUCGUCAUGAGGGGAGGCAACUCUAUCGUACAUUUUUAAAGGCGGGUAAUGCGGUUGUAUCCACACCUCAAUCGAAACGUAAUAUGAAGUCGUUGAUUCGUGAAGGGUUUACAAGCGAUCGAUUCGCUACGGAUGCUCGUAUAGAUGUCAAGGUGAAAAACACACUUGAAUUAUUACGCAUUGCAGCCACUCGAAAAGGACUGGAACGUGAUAUUGUAAAUAACCUUUGUGAAUUGAAGUAUGACGAAGACAAGUAUAAUAAAAGACCACCGUUCUUUAAUAGAAACUUAUCAAGUCAAUUAAAAGCCAUGCAUUAUGCAUCCAGAGAAGAGCUUAAUUUGACAAUUGAUAUUUUGAAUAAGGAUUUAGAUUUAUGUUUGCUUUAAUAAAAAAGGCCUAUGAUUUUUUUUUUCUGUCGUCCGGGAAGAGAUUUAACUGACAAUGAAUGUCGAUAAGCUGAGUUCUAUCUUUUGUGCUUUUUGUACACUGCCGGGGAAAAAUAAGGUCUUAAGAAUCAUGACUUGGAACACCAUGGAUGAAUAGACUCUAAAGAUGUGUUUUCUUUGUCAAGCGGUCAAUAUGGAGUGAGGG